AUGGCGUCAACUGGCUCCGAUGAAGCACAUCAGGCACUAGGAGGCCUUCAGCUCUCCAGCUCUAGCUCAACCUCCAACUCCAGCAAAGACAGUGACAUGGCUAGCAAGUUACAAAAGGCAACAAGCCUAACGAUCAAAGUAUUACAAGAAAUCACAGAUGAUUUCUCCGAGGACAGGAAAAUUGGUCAAGGCGCGUAUGGAAAGGUUUACGUGGCAAAGUUUCAAAACGGUGAAAACAUUGCCGUGAAGGUGCUUUACAAUAACACGCCAGCAAUGGACGAUGUACAAUUCCAGCGUGAGUUUGAAAACCUUAUGAGGCUUGAUCAUCACAACAUUGUAAGGUUAGUUGGAUACUGUUACGAAACACAGCAUCAACCUAUGCAGUACAUGGGAAAAACAAUUUUCGCUGAAAAGACGUACAGAGCACUCUGCUUUGAAUAUAUGCAGAAUGGAAGUCUCCAAAAUCAUAUUUCUGACGAAUGCGAUGGACUUGACUGGAACUUACGUUACAAAAUUAUCAAGGGAACAUGUGAAGGCCUAAAACACCUUCAUGAAGGAUUUGAAGAACCAAUUUAUCAUUUGGACCUAAAGCCGGAUAAUAUAUUGCUUGACAAUAACAUGGUGCCGAAACUCGCCGAUUUUGGUUUGUCCAAGCUCUUCGGUGAUGAACAAACCAUGAUCACGCAAAGUCCUCUGGGAACAAUCGGAUACUUGCCGAUGGAAUUCUUACAUGGAAACAUUGUCUCGAGUAAGUUAGAUAUAUUCAGCUUGGGUGUGAUAAUGGUAAAGAUAAUUGCAGGACAUGGGGCAUAUUCUAGAAGUGUGGAAAUGCGCCGCGAAGAGUUCCAUGAUCUUGUAAAUUCAAACUGGAGAAACAGGAUGCAGAAAACGUGUCAUGCUUCUCGGCCGCUAGAAGCAUACUGCGAACAAGUUAACAUAUGCACUGAGAUAGCUCUUAGUUGCAUGGAGAUCGAUAGGCACAAAAGGCCACCUAUAGUGGAUAUAAUCCAUCAACUGAAUGACACUGAAGCUGUUAUUGAAAAGGCAUUAUCAGGGUCGGCGAGUUCGCAUUCAUCGAUGCAGGGAGACUUGCUGAAGGUACAGGCAUUCACAAGAUGCGAAGCGAUUCCAGGUGCCGAGACGUGCACCGAGUUCCCCGUGCUCGUGCAGGUCAUGGCGCCGCCAUGGCCAACCGGAGAAGAGAUACAGCGCACCGGCGUGGACAUUGUAGCGGUGCUCGACAUCAACAGAAGUGUGCUUCCUCAGUGGAAGCUGAACUUCCUCAAGCAGGCCAUGAUGAUCGUCAUAGACAAGCUCGGCCAGGAUGACCGGCUCUCCGUCGUCUCGUUUGAUGACCACGAGCGCCGCAUUAUGCAACUUACGUCCAUGUCCGACCAAGGAAAGGAUAUUGCCAGGCUCAUGGUCAACAAGCUGACUGGGUGCGAGGGCAACAAUAUUGUCGCCGGCCUGCGAGAGGGAGCUGAGAUUCUAAGAGGGCGUGAAGUGAAGGAGGGCGACAACCGUAUAGGCUGCAUCAUGUUCGUGUCGGAUGGCCGUGACAAGGUGGGCGACAACUAUUCUAUGUUGAGCUCCGAUUUCCCGGUGCACACCUUCAGUCUGGACAAGAUCUCAACUUUCCCCUCAGCGGCGUGGACAAGAGCCUGGUGGGUCAUGAGUUACAUCGCUGAUCAAACCUCCGGCACCUACUCCUAUUUCGAUGACGAUAGCACUAGUAUGAUGGAAGGCAUUGAGCUAUUCAUCACCGGCAUCACGUCAGUGCCACGACUUCUGUCAAGAUCACCCUGGCGGCUCACGAGGGCGUCGCCAUAUCGUCAAUCGAGUCCGGUGGCUACAGCAACGAAGUAA